UUGUUUGAAUUAUGGGGUGCUUCAGGCAUAGGAACUGGAUCGAACGGUGCAUACGUCAAAGGGUAUAUUAAAUUUGAUAAAUCUAUAAAAUUAUAUCUUCAUGUCGGAUCUAAAUAUUAUUCUGGUGCAACUCUUCCGUCUUAUGGUGGCGGAGGUCCAGGCCAAUUUUCUGGCGGCGGAUCAUCUGAUAUACGCCUUGAACCAGGCGAUUUUGGAGAUUUCAACGGUUUGAAAAGUCGAAUAAUCGUUGCUGCUGGUGCAGGGUCUCAGGAUGGUACACUCAUUGGAAAUGCAUUUUAUGAGGAUGCUGGUGGUGCUGGAGGCGGGCUACUUGGAUUUAACAGCACAUAUGAGCAUGGUCUUGGCGCCACUCAGAUAUCAGGAGGACCCGGAAAAGGUCUUGCCGGCACUUUUGGAUUUGGAGCUGGAAAUCCAAAUAGAAUAGAAUCCUCAGGAGAUAAUGAUGGGAAUGCUGGCGGUGGUGGUGGGUAUUUCGGAGGUGGAAACUCCGAAAUACCUCAACAUUGUGGCGGUGGAGGGGAAGCUCCUUCAUUAGCGGUUAUAAAGAUUGUAUUGCCAUUCUGA